AAAAGGAAAUCCCUUACCUUAUCCGGUAUAAGCAGACGUACGGACAGCAAGCCGUGUGAGGGCAGCAAUGGCUUCCAUCGCCUUCUCCUCCCUGCUGCUCCUCCUGCUCCUCUCCGCCGCCCAUGGCGCAGCGGCAGCCGGCUUCACGAGGAGCGACUUCCCGCGGGAGUUCGUAUUCGGAGCCGCCACCUCCGCGUACCAGCCUACCAGGCAUGCAACGAUCUACGAGGGCGCCGUGGCUGAGGACGGCAGGAGCCCAAGCAUCUGGGACACCUUCACUCACGCUGGGAAAAUGGCGGAUAAAAGCACAGGUGAUGUCGCUGCCGACGGGUACCACAAGUACAAGGCCAUGCAAAAGGGGAUUAUUGGCCUAAAUAUUGACUCGCGUUGGCCUUAUCCUUUGACGAACUCUACUGUGGAUUUAGAAGCAACGAAAAGAUGUAUGGACUUCAAGUUUGGCUGGAUACUAGAGCCCCUUACGUCCGGAGAUUAUCCAGAAACAAUGAAGAAAAUUGUUGGUUCUCGUCUUCCAUCCUUCACAAGAAUCCAGUCUGAAGCUAUAAUUGGUACUGCAGACUUCAUCGGGAUAAAUUACUACUAUUCCAUCUAUGUGAGCAAUUGCCCUUCAGACAAAGGCGUGCGCAACUAUACUGCAGACAUGUCAAUUAGCUCCAAAACUUCUAAAACAGACCCACCAGCUGGAAAGGCUCCCGCGACGUCCUUUCCAAGUGACCCCGAAGGAUUGCAGCGCCAUGCAUCUAGCAAUGACACUCUCGAUGACACCGACAGGGUCGAUUAUAUGAAGAGCUACAUAGGGAGCGCAUUGGCUGCACUAAGGAAUGGGGCUAAUGUGAAAGGCUACUUCGUCUGGUCUUUCGUGGACGUUUUCGAGUACCUGUCAGGGUAUCAGUCACAGUAUGGCCUUUACCGUGUUGAUUUCGACGACGAGGCGCGGCCACGGCAAGCCAGGCUCUCCGCUCGCUGGUACUCUGCCUUCCUGAAGAACAAGAACAAUGGCAUCCAUGUUCAGAACGAGCUCAACUAUACAGGAUUGCGUGCUGAACAAUGA